AGGGAGCAGUGGUCUUUGGACUGACCUGCUGUGUGAAUCCUGGCAGUGGUGCUGGAGCCCAUCCUGCUGACGGGUGCAGCCAGUGUACCUGGAAGGCUCUCUCAGGAAGCAUCUGCAGGGGAACACCAAAUAUUUUGGUCAAUGCAGCACAAAGAUUGAUGGCAGUGUGAUGUACCUCUGCCCUGAACAACAUGGGGAAAAACAACCCCAGUUACAGGACAGUCCUCAGCUAGGUGUGAACCAGGAAACGGCCCAGGUCAUUCAAGCAGCCUUCAGAAAUGCCAAAUUCCCAAACAUCACCGGGGAAAGGUCCAUGCGGCUCCUCGGCAGGGUGGCUUACGGGCUGAGCAACAUCCAGGUCAAUGAUUUGUCCAUCCAGAGCAGCGAGGUGGAGCUCAGGGAGGACGAUGCCAUUCACAUCUCCAUUAAAAACGUGACAGCCUUGUUCAGAGGGACGCUGACCUACGGCUAUGCCGGGGCCUGGUUCUUGCAGCUUUUUCAUUCAGUUGAUUUUGAAAUUGAAUCUUCCAUUGACCUCCAGCUAAACAUCGAUCUCAUGUGCCAAAAGGAGCUAGUGGCUCCUGAUGCCUCAGACUGCUACUUGACUUUCCACAAACUCACACUUCACCUCCAAGGAGACAAGCAACCUGGCUGGCUGAAGCAGCUCUUCACAGAUUUCAUCUCCUUCACUCUGAAGCUUGUCCUCAAGAGGGAGGUGUGCAAGGAAAUAAAUGCUGUUGCUCAGACGCUGACAAAUUUUAUACUUGAUUUAGCAGCCAAUUUUGUGCGGGAUAAGGACAUCAUUGUUGAUAUCUCCCUGGCAUCAGAUCCUGUGAUAAAAGCCAGCUACAUAGAAUCCCAUCACAAGGGCCUUGUCGUGUACCAGAACAGCUCCAGUGUGCUCAGUGACUCUGUUUUCUCCCCGCUGCUGCUGACUGAGUCCCGCAUGCUCUACUUCUGGCUGUCCCAGCACAGCCUCAGCUCCCUGGCUGCUGCAGCUUUCUCAGAUGGGCGGCUGGUGCUGAACCUCGGAGGGGAGAAACUGCAGGAGCUGUUUGAGAUGGAAGACACAGAAGUGCAGAGGAAGGCAGUGCAGAUGGUUUUUCAAGGCACCUCCUACAAUGACUCUGUGGCCAAGGUGUGGAGUCUCACCCAGCCCCAGAUUUCUCCUCAGCCUGAAGGGACCGUGGUGAGGUCCUUGGUAGCAGUGGAGGUCAGCAUCCUUCCCACAGGAGAAGAACCCCUGGUGGCUCUGUACAUGGAGCAGGAAAUCACAGUCACUAUCCAAGCUACCUAUGCAGAAAAGAAACUCAGUUUGCAGCCUGUGGACUCCAGCAUAGAAAUUAAAGUGUUUAAAUGCACAGCUGAUCCAAGUGGGGAGGACCCAUCCAUACAAAGCUUCCUGCAGAAUAUGAUCUUGGUUGCUGGCAUUCCAGAAGUAACUUCAAGUAUUGGAUCAGCUCUGACUUCACUGAUGAACAGCAAAAGGCUUGAUCUCUUUGAUAUCAUAAAUCCUGAGAUCAUCACUGGAAAGGGAUAUGUAAUUGUGCAGCUUGACUUUGGCUUCCCAAGUCAUUUGCUUCUUAAUUUUUUUGAGAAAAGUUUGUAGAGCUCAUCCCUUCACAGAGGAGCACAGGAACUUGUGUACAACCAGAAAAAUUGUGUCUGAACCAAUUAAAAGAUGAACUGCUUUAAAUACA